UUCUCCAUUGAUGAUCUUCUUCAAUUCUGAGUAUUCUCUUUCUCUGGAAAAACUAUCAAUUUUUCCCUGAAUUCCUCGUACAUAAAGCGGAGAAAGGGUCUUUAUUCUUUUUAAACAUUACCAACAAACAAACAAACAAAAUUGGCACUGCAAUUGUCUUCUAAUUAUAUCACUCUCUUUUACUCUCUCUCUUACUCUCUCUCUCUCUCUCAUAUUCCUUUUUUGUCUAUAUCUUUAAUAAACAAAACCACUUGGACCACUUUUUUUCUUCCCUUCCUGUUAUUUCUUGCCUUUUAAGUACACUUUUUUCUUGCCCUUUAUUAUACUUUCUUCUUCUUCUUCUUCAAACUCUCUCUCUCUCUCUCUCUCAGCAACUCCCACCUCCAUAACCCAGAGAGAGCAUGCCUGAAUGUCCAGAGAAAGGGAGAGAUUCGAUGAGAUAGGAAAAAAGAUAAAGAGAGAGUCAGAUGCUGCGGCAGCAACUCAGAUGGGUAGAAGACACAUGUUGGGUCCCCCAGGAACCCUAAACACCAUCACACCAUGCGCAGCCUGUAAGCUCUUGAGAAGAAGGUGUGCUCAAGAAUGUCCCUUUUCUCCAUAUUUCUCACCCCAUGAACCCCAGAAGUUUGCUUCCGUUCACAAAGUCUUUGGAGCCAGCAACGUCUCAAAGAUGCUAAUGGAAGUGCCGGAGAGUCAAAGAGCUGACGCAGCAAAUAGUCUUGUGUAUGAAGCAAACGUGAGGCUAAGAGAUCCGGUGUACGGAUGCAUGGGUGCAAUUUCUGCUCUUCAGCAACAAGUUCAAAAUCUACAAGCUGAGCUUAAUGCUGUAAGGGCUGAGAUUCUUAAAUACAAAUAUAGAGAAGCUAAUAUUAUUCCUUCUUCUUCUUCUACUCUUCCUCAUCAUCAUCAUCAUCAUCAUUUGGCUUUGUUAUCUUCUUCCGGGGCUGUUUCGGUAGCCGCUCCUCCUCCAGCCCCGCCACCGCCGCUGCCUCCUUCUCUUCCUCCUCCUCCUAUUUCUUCUUCUUCUUCCUCAUUGUAUACCCAACCAGCCAAUGCUGCAGACUAUAACACCAUUUCAAGUGAAAAUGUUUCCUACUUCGGUUAAUUAAAUUUCUAGGAAAAGUGCCCCCCACAAAAGAGAGAGAUCAUCCCCCAUUUCAUUUUUCUUUAUCAUGAACAAAUUAAAGUUGAAUAAAAUAAGGAAGAUAAAUUAAUAUUGAAUUAUAUA